AUGUUCCAUCGAUUUCUCGUCACAAUUCUUAGCUUUGGUUUAUUUGGAAAUGUGAUAUAUGGACGGUGUAUCAGUGAAGAUUGUGAUGAUAAAGAUUUGAGAGGAAAACAAAAGCAUCAAUCUUCAAGAUCGGCAAGAUUCUCCCCACGAAACUGUCAUUAUUACAUAACAAAGUUUUGCUCAGAUUUUACAGCUGACAAUUGCAAUCCUGAUAAAAAUAUUAUCAGUAGUAAUUGCUGGAAUUGCUGUUGCAAACAGUUAUCAUUGCUCCCUACCGUAGACGAUAGCGAUAAUUCGGAAGGUGAUGCAACCUUAUUAACAACCGGAUGCGAACCAUCCUCCACAGAUUGCAAUCCGAAGGGUACAGAAGAUUCGAACACUUCAAGGGAGCGAGAUUUAUCAGCAACAUUAUCAACUGCUGAGAGCGAAACGAAAUGUCCAUCUCUUCCAUCCUGUCCAUCACCACCUUCCUGUCCAUCAUCUUGCCCUACGACCUCAAAUGCUCAACGAUUCAGCCGAGAUAGCGAUACGCAACUAUUCAAUAAAAACUUCACGUUAUCGGUACUUCCCGAAAAUGUACCAAUCAUUCCAUCUCCUCAGCUGGACCUGUUAACCAGUGGCGGUAGUCUCGCAUUUAGCAAUAUUCAGGAUCUUCAUUUGUCAACAAUUAAACCACCAUUAGCUGAAAAACCUCUGAUGCAGGGAUCAGUUACGCAUGAUUGUUGCACUCGAUGCAGGGGCGUAAAUUGUAUUCCACGAAAUAGCAAUGCAAUAAUAUUGGGUGCAAGCACAUUUAUGAAUAGACGAAAUCGUGAAACGAAAUGUAAAAGCAAAGAGUUGGGAAGAUUAAUGAUGGCGAAUAUUAAAAGGGAUCCGUCACGUUCCAAACGAGCAAUACAACGAGCAGCAGAGCAGAAAUUCUCUGCGCAAUUUAAUGUUAUCUGUUCCAAAGGUGAUUUUAGCUAUGUGACACAUACAACUGAAUAUUGUGAAGUAAUCAAUCGAGGUACCGUCUGCUAUGCUUUUAAAAUUCAUUGA